AUGAGGCCCCAACCAUCCUGCCUUCUCGCUCUAUCCGCCAGGAACAACGUCAGGAAGGCAUCGGCAGCUUGGCGGUCCCGCUUCUCAACCACCGCCCAUGUGCUCGCCCGCACCACUCGCCUUUUUGCCCCUCCCGUCGUGAAGAAGCCGACGGUUGUGGAAGAGACGAAGACGGCGGCGAAGAAGAGGCUGGUAGCGGCAGAUGCCACAACGGAAGUGGCCCCGCCAAAAAGACCCUUGGACGCGUUCUCGCUGUACUUGAAGGAAAGGCGCGCGGAGCUGCGACGUGAGGGGCGGCUGGGCACUCAAGAUAACGUCACAUAUCAGAAGCAGUUGGGAGCUGAGUGGAGCGCUCUCACCGACGCCGAAAUAGCGCCAUACCGCCGACAAGCGCAGGCACUUAAAGACAAAUACGAAGUACAACUAGCAGAAUAUUUGGCAGCCCAUCCACAACGCGCCACUUCUGCGGAUACAGGGAUAUCGAUCGCCGAGGCAUGGCAGCAGUUUGCAGCCUCGACUCCAGACCUGCCAAAGAAAUUGCAAUCGAAACCGAUUACACAUUCGGAUGAGGCUAAAAGCAAACUUUUGGACGGAAAAAGUACCGAUGCGUCAGGGAAAGGGAAACCGCAAAAGAAAGGGAAGGCGCAGAAGAAAGGCAUUUCUGGAAAGCCGAAGAAGCCGUUGACUGCAUACUUCCUGUAUACUGCGGAUAAGCGGGAAGCAGUGAAGCUGGAGAAUCCCGAUGCUACUUUUGUGGGCACGCUAUUCACAGGCCAAUUGGGCAAACUACUGGGUGAGCGGUGGAAAGCUCUAUCAGAACAGGACAAGGAGCCGUACCAGAAAAAAGCAGCGAAACUAAAAGCCAGCUACGAAAAGCAACUGCAGCAAGGGUCAAACGAGAUUUCCGAGCCUAUAACGACCGAACCGUCAUCAGCAGCAACGCUCACCAAAUCAAAAGCAAAAGCAAAGACAUCAACAAAGAUAACCAAACCGGCAGCAGCCCCAGCAACCAAUUCGAAAAACCCGCGGACAGCAAAGGAUCCACACGCGCCAAAGAAACCCUUGAACAGCUACUUCCUUUAUGCUGCGGAACGACGCGCAGAGAUCGUCGCGGCCGGUGAGGAACUCUCGAUCGGCGAGAUGGCGAAGAAGAUUGGGGCGGAGUGGAGAGCGAUGGGAGGCGCUGAGAAGGCGCCGUUCCUAGAGGAGGAGAAGCGAAGUCUGGCAGUAUACACCAAGGAAAUAGCAGCGUAUAAGGUGUGCCCGCAAAUCACAAUGAGCAUCAUGGGCGACUACAUUGGCAGCUGGCAGCGGGAUCCGCUUCCACAAAACGAUGGCGAUGAAGCGGUUGGAUUAUCAAAGCCACAGAUGCAUAUGACAGGGAUCAUUCCAGGAGCGGGAAUGGUGUCCCAUGUAAUGGGCGAUGAGAACCGGAAUAUUGUGCGUGAAUCGCAGGACGCUUUGACUGUCAGUUCUGGCGAGGAUGAGGGAAAAUUGAGCUGGAUCGUAGAAGACAGUCCUGUAGCACGGUAUACGUAG